AUGCCAGAGCGCUUUUGUAAAGAAAAGGAGCAUUCACGACAACUACUUACACGUUCAGAACCUCAUCAAGGAGCUGCAUUCCUCAAGAACCCCAAGCUCAAGCUUGACAUCUCCAAGGCCUUCGAUUCGGUGGGAUGGGCCUACCUCCUUGAAGUUCUUAUGGCUUUGGGCUUUGGGCAAGCCUGGAGAGACUGGAUCUAUCUCUCGUUGGCCUCGGCCACGUCGAGGGUGCUGUUGAAUGGCGACGCCGGCCGCCCGUUCUGCCAUAAGAGGGGGCUUCGCCAAGGCGACCCUUUGUCGCCCAUGCUCUUCAUCCUCGCCAUCGACCCCCUGCAGCGCAUCCUCUCCAAAGCCACCCUUCAUGGCAUCCUGAGCUCCAUCCGCUCGCGGAUUACCCGUUGCCGCAUUUCGCUCUAUGCUGACGACGCCGACAUCUUUGUGAACCCGCUCAAGGACGAACUGUAG